CACUGAGAAAGGGACAGGAAGUUUCAGAGGCUGGAGAGCAGCGCAGGAAGGUUUCUUGGACUGGCGCAGCCCGUGGGAGGUUCUGGCUGAGAACUCACGGUGACCUGGACCCUUGGCCACAACACGCGGGACUGGCUGGGAGGACAGAAUCAUCAGUAUCAUGCUAGCCCAACCCAAGACCAAGGGGGCCUUUGAUAUCUUCAAUCCAAAAGGUGUCAUUAUCCCCCCAAAACAGAAACCUGGACUCACCUCCCCAAAAGAGGAUACAAUGCAUAAUGGUCUGCAAAAGGAAGCCACAGUUCUUGGGACUAUCCAAAUCCUGUCUUGCCUGAUGAUUGCAAGCUUGGGGACCAUUUUGGUUUCUGCUUCCCACUCUUCCCACUUCAACCCAGCAGUUUCCACCAUUUUGAUGUCUGGGUAUCCAUUUAUAGGAGCUCUGUAUUUUGCCCUUACUGGAUCCCUCUCAAUUAUCUCUGGGAGAAAAUCAACUAAGCCCUUAGUCCUGAGCAGCCUGAUCUUGAACGCAGUGAGCCUGGUAGCCGCUGGAGCGGGCCUCAUCCUCCUCGCCCACAGCCUGGCCGCCCUGGGGUCUGCUUCUCGGCAGUGUCGCUCGGAGCAGGACCAUCUAUCAGCACUGCCUUAUUCGGAGUACUAUUACUCAAUAUAUGAAAUCAAGGACUGUCUCCUGGCUGGUGUCAGUCUCACAGGUGUGCUGGUGGUGAUGCUGAUCUUCAGUGUUCUAGAGCUCUUGCUGGCUGUGUACGGGUCUUUCCUAUGGUGGACACAGUUCAACUCCAGUAACCCUGGGAGUGCAUUUUUCCUGCCUUGGUCACAAGACCAUAUCCAACAUGUCAAAAAGAGCUCUUCAAAGACAUGGAUAUGAGUAACUCAGCCUCAGAGGAUAAAGAAGGAGAAAUCCUGUGCUCAUGGCAAAGGGUGAUUAGACUUGCCUGAAAUCUCAACCAUUUGGGAGACUGUCAAACCUUAAAAAGAAAAAAAGCCCCUGCUUUGUUUUGUUUUGUACUUGUUUUCAGUAUGAGUCAUUUUAUUUCUCUUGCAAAUAAUUUUGUAAAAGCCCAGGCCAGGAUAAUGUUAGCUGCCUGUCUUCUGAAACGGUCAUAAACUUUAUGAACUUUUCUGGGCAAACUGAGCAGAAAGUGAUUCAUCUUUCAAUAAGGAAGAAGAAGAGAAAAUGUGAACUUUUGUGCUUGCCUUUGUGGCUAGGCCAUGGUGGCUUUGUAAGUCCUGUUUCUGUAUUAUUUUCACACUCAUGUUGUUUAAAUGUUAGGUCUUAGGGAUUGCAAGAGCACUUUAAUUCAAAAUACAUUCAAAAAGA